AUGAGAGGAAUAAGCCCCAUCCUGUUGCUCCUGUGCCUGGUUGGUGGUCUAGCGAAGAAAUAUUUUGCAGAAGCAACAAGUGCUUCUUUCUCCGUGGAAACAAUCAAUCUCCAUGGCAUCGAACCUGACCUGUAUCAAGCCCUGCCAGAGAUCGAUGAAGACCCCUCCCCUAUCGAUUUGGUUGGCCUUACAACUAACAGAAAUGUGAAAGUGCUAUUCCCUGCGGCUGAUAGUGAUGUCUUGGUUGUUUUGGCCAGACGAAAUUCGGAUACUGACUACAUCCCCGUCGGUCGGUCCUAUGAUGGAUUUGACUGGGAAGCGGCCCCAGGUCUACAUCAACGACUUCCCAUCACUUGCGUACACUUUGACAACGUCCGAAAGUGUCAAUUAGUGCUGGACAACUCGGAUAAAGAUGAUAUUUACUUUCUUACAAGGUACACCGGAACAGUCUCUGAUGACGUGCGGAUUGCUCGGUUCUUGGAGAUGGCAACCUUUGGUCCAACGCUUCCAUUGAUCAACAGUUUUAACCACGAUAAUGUCGACUACAGUAUGGCCAAUUUCGUGAAGGACCAGAUCGAGAACCAACAAGUGAGCAGCCACCGUGAGUUCUACCGCAGACACCUGAAUGUUCGAGCCGUUGAAACCUACAAACACGGAGUGACAGGUCCAAGAGCGUGCGACCAGAACUCUAGAUGGAGGAGCUUUGCCUUUACGACAAUAGAUCUAGCAAUGAGCAAGAGAGACGAAUCGUUUGCUGUCAAAGUGGAGACAAAGAUGACUACAUCACCUGCUUAUAUCCUAUCCUUUGCAGGAUUUCCUCGGACUGUCCUAUAUGAGCAACCGCAAUAUUAUAAGAACGAACGAUCCCAAACGGUCCUUGGUGUUUUAUCAGACGGAGCGUACCCAAUUUGCUUUAUCGAGGAUAUUCACGGAGAAAAGAGAAUUGAUAUGCCUAAAUUAAACCCUCCUAGUUUCAAAGUGAUGGUCAGUGGGGAGUGUCGACCAGUUGUUGGCGGCAACCCAACCGUUCACCUUGAUUCCACAGUUGUAGAUCGACGUGACUAUCACGAGCUUGAUCUUACUACCAAAUCAUUGAUCCCAUUGGGGCAUGUGUAUUCACACACAGGUACACUACUUUUGGAAGAUGACGUCGAGUCUCCUACUUGCGCCGAUAUUGCUGAUCCUCAGGACUCAACACACAAAUCGUUUACGUAUGAUUGUAACGAUGUGAGGUACCCAGGUGAUUGUGAUCAUUACAAGCGAAAUGGUUGGAGAAACCCCUCAAAGCCAGUCUUUGGUAAGCUCAGUGAUGCAAGCUUUGUCUUGUAUGAUAUCAGACUUGAGCUGGACGAAAACACAGUCGAGAACCCCCUGAUUGAUGGUGGAGGAAACAAGGUUGUCGACUCCUUGUUCAAAGCGUCAACUUCGGUCUACGAUGACUCUCCUCGACCUUCAUAUUACUGUGCUAACGCUCCACAAGAUAUCUUCAAUGAGGCACAUUGCAAACUUUCCUUCGAUCCGAAUGUAUGCGUAACGUAUGAUAUUGCUGUGAUGAAGGCAAUUCCUUUCAAUGCAGAUACCUUGAAGCAAAUAUUCAGUCUCACAGGUCGAUACGUGUACGCUGUGAAAGGGCUCAUCUUCGACGCAACGAUUCAUCCGGAAACUGCUACUAACCAAAACUUUGUUGUAGAUUUGCCGUGCACCCAACUCACGCGUAGCCGAUGGCUAAGAUUGGACAGCGCGGGAGAUGAUACGUGGUUCUAUCGAGAUGGUACCACUGGUGCAUGUGCAAGUCUACUAGAACCGGAAACAAAAUCUGAAUUUGCAACUGCGAUUCAUUCUUCCACAGACCAAAAUCCCAAUCUGAAAGACAUCUACUUCCGUGGAUCGUGUGCAGAAAGCGAUAUAAUGGAGCAUGAUAUGCUAGUCUUCGUUGAUGAGGAGAAUCAAUGCUAUCAAAAUGUUCAUCCCGACUACUUAUCCAUCUACGACCUGACAAACUGGGCACCCCUACCUAACGACACUGUGAACCACCAUCCAGGAGGAAGCGAAGUGAUUCGAAAAUGGACAGAUACUGGUAUUCUGAACUUCCCAGCCGAGCGAUAUAGCUGGCAUACGAUGGAUCGCUGGCACAGAUUUAAGAAUGAAGAACAACGAUUUGGUAAAUUUAUUGGACGAGUGGGUGACUCUGUGAGCUUUGAAGAUCUGCCACCCGAGCUUCAGACAGAGAAUAUUGCUGCUUCUCUUGGCGUCAACAAGCUGGAGAAUGUCAUUGGCAAUAAGUAUGGGACUCUUGUGUGUGGUUCUCAAGGGGAGGUGGCUCCAGAUCCUAUGGAAGAGGAUUAUUUUGAGAUCAAUCUUUUUGAUGCAGAUACUCUUGACACUAUGAUCCAGCCGCAGUCUCAAAGGCAAACCAUUUGGACUCACUUUGCUCUGACGGCAGAGGAUCAGCUUCGACAAAAGAUGGCUUGGGCUUUGAGCCAAAUCCUGGUCAUCACUCCAACAACCCUCACCGAUCCUAGGGCAACCGAGCCAUUCCUCGUGUUUUAUGAUAUUUUCGUCCGCAAUGGUCUCGGAAACUACCGAGACAUACUGAAGGAGGUUUCUUACAGUAUCAAGAUGGGUGAAAUGCUGACCUUUGUGGACAACCGUGCGAUUGCAUUUCUUUGGCAUAUUAGGAAACAAGUGCAACAUCCGGACGAAAACUAUGCUAGAGAGCUUAUGCAGCUGUUCACAAUUGGUACCGUGCGGCUAAACAUGGAUGGAACCGAGGUUCUGGACUGCUAUGGAAAUCCAAUAAAGACAUACGAUUCCAAGGAUAUCGUCUCGUUCGCCCGAGCGUGGACUGGUUUUGCUCGCCAACCUUAUCGUGGCAAUGUCGAGGAUAUCACAGCACCAACAAGACACAGCUACCUUGAUCCGAUGCGAAUCCAAGAUAUUAGGUUCCGAGACCUGUUUCCUAAGAGAGGGCUGGAGGGAAAAUUUAUCGGAGAUCGGUAUCCUCUCUGCAGUGAUCUUCCAGACAAAGCCUUUCUCCGAAGGGGAGCGAAGUACCGACUUUUGGGCGGAAAUCCGAGUCCCAAACUACAAAGUCACUUUGGGGUUGAGUGGAAGGAUCCGAAGACAAAGCGCUUCAGUCUUUUAUUGCAGUCUCCCUUGUACAAUGUCUUAAACUGUCAACAGAAGGGUGGAGAGUGUAUCUACGCACCAGUGGUCACUCUAUCAACCAAUCUACCAUGUUAUGGCAACGAAUGCAAGGUUGAUACUGUCCGAACGGUGCAAGUGGGUGGUGUUUUCUACGAAUACAUUCGUGUCCCAUGUGUUGAGCUAGCAGUUUAUGACAAGGGCAAGAAGUUAUCCGCUGGAUAUAACGAUGACUUGAACAUGUGUGGUAACCCCAAAAUAGCAUCGGCUACAGAGGCUUGCUGCGGUAUCAAUCGAGAAAUGGACAACCUUGUAUUUCGGAAUCCACGACGAGCAGAUAGGUCGUGCGAGUAUCUCGGUGAAAAGGUGACUUUCGCGACGAAUGUGGAACGGUGCAACAGCCUAGGAGGUUACCCCUGCGACAUGGAAGGAUUCCUUCAUUGGAACGAAAACUCAGACCAAGAUUGUAUUCGUGACAUCAGAAGCUCAAACCAACACAUCUGGGAAAACAUUUGGCACUGGACGAACGCUCAUUGCAAUAUCCAACUCGCCAUCAAGAGUAACGGGCUCAUCGCUUUGCAUCAUAAUCCAGAUCAAUCAGGACAUAUUGACCCUCCACGGACAGCUGGUCACGUCGAUGCACUGGAGAGUCUCAACUACUUCAGCGUCCACUGGCCAAAGAAUGAGACCAAUGACGAUCAGUUUCCAUCUGUGGACAACAAUUGCGGGAAUGGGCUAUGUCAGGUGCUUGAUGACGCAACUUGUCUUUGUGAGACAAACAUUGUUGAUUCGGCAGUGUUUACUAGCAUGCCAAGUCGAUCAGACGUAUUGUCGCAGCUCGCGAUUGGUGCUUUCCCUGUGGAAAUGUUUGAUGCGGACCAGUAUGAUCUUGUAGACAACUUUGAUGGAGUAGAGGUUUGGCGCAAGACAGAACACGGAGAAACAUUUGCACCUUCUCCAAGUCCUUCAGGUCGUUGUGAUCGAAAUCUCAUCGAUUGGAACGCUGAUGCGGAGACUGGUACGAACCAGACCUGGUAUCGAUGGGGAAAAGACGAGAUCGCGAUGCAGCAACCUGGAUUCAAUUCCGAUUUCGCGUUCCGAUACUGUCCACAGGAAAUGACUGGGAACAUGAACUUCGGUAUUUAUCAGAACCUUCCGAUACAGUGCCUGCAAGCGAACGACGGUGUACUGUUUUCUUUCAAGGUCAAACUUCAAAAUGUCGCUGAUGGCUCGGCAGUGAAUUGUGAUCCUCAUGCAACAUCCGGGCAACAGUCUUGUCCCUUUGUCCGACUGUAUAUUCGAAGCAAUAAUAGACAUCACUGGAUUGCAUUGUCUGGACUGCGUGAGUGGAAUGAAGAAGAAUGGAAUACAUUCGAGCUAGAAUAUAUCAUUCCAGCUGAGUACGAUAGCAUCACACGCAUUCAACCGUUCAUCGUCGUCGGUGGUCCAUCGGCUAGUGACGGUCGCGUGCUUCUGGUGGAUGAUGUGAGCAUCACAAAAAAAAUAGGAAUUGUGUCUAGCGAAGCACCUAGUGAAGCACCAACAUCAUCUUGUCUAUAUUUCAACAUGGGAGUUAAUGGAGAUGCAGAGACAGGAGAUAUACGGCCUUAUGGAAACACGGGGAGCAACACAAGCUUAACUGUCCAAAGCGAAGAUGUAUAUACUGGUUCUUAUGCAUUCAAGUUCAAAGCGUAUGAAUGGUAUCGUGGAAUCAACAAGGGUGUGUGGAACAUGCAACGGCCAAAUGCUGUUGAGCGAGAGGGCCAAUGCAUAUCAUCGGGUACCAACCUUCACUUUCAAUUUAAGGCAAAACUGAUAAGGGAGACGAGUGCAGGCGCAAAAGGGGUUGAUUGCGAUCCGUCUUCGAGGACAAAAGGAGGCAACUCGGGCAAUUCUGUAGGGUGUCCUUUCAUUCGUCCACACGUGAAGGUGGACGGGAUGAGGUGGGAAGGAUAUGACUUGUGGGGCUUUGAUGACUGGGACGCUAACAGUUGGAACACGUUUUCGGCAACAUGGACAGUUCCGGAGUACGAAGAUCCCAUCAAGCAGUUUCAGAUAAUUUUCCUUCCGAACCGAUACAGCAGGUGGCCCAAUGAUAGCAUGUACAUGUUAUUGGACGACUUCGAAUACUAUGUGGUUCCUUCUACAGAUCCACCAAGUCUCGCCCCAACUUCGUCAGCUUGGCCAUCUUUUUCCCCGUCACUAUCACCAACGUCAAAGCCUUCACAAAUUCCUACUGAAUUGCCUACUUCGUCACCCACAGCGUUUGCAAGCUACUCGAAGGAUACACUUUUCCGCGUCAUGGAUGAAAAGGGUGACUACAUUUAUUUGAAGAACAUGAAAUCUGUCAUUGGAAUCGGAGCAAAGGCUUCGCAAUCUACACAAUAUUCGAUUCGAAAUCCACCAUCAUUCUAUGAUCUAUCAGAAAUUGCGCUUCGAGAUGCCUACUACGAAACGGAUGCGGUGAUCGAUCAUCUUGCAUAUCAUGAUAACACUCCGCCAUUCAUUGCAAAGAACAUCAUUCACCACUUUGGAAUCUCAAAUCCUUCUCCACGAUACGUUGAAACAGUCGCCACCGCCUUUCGCAGUGGGUCGUAUGUCUUCAAGCAAGCUGGCUCUCCGGAUGUAUCUUUUGGAGGAAACAAAUGGGGCGAUCUUUCUGCUGUUGCGGCAGCAGUACUUUUGGAUCGAGAGGCCAGGGCGGUAGUGGUGUCCUUAGACCCAAUACAUGGCUCUGUAAAGGAGCCAAUGAACAAAAUUAUUUCAUUGAUGCGAUCGAUGGAGUACACCAGGGCCAAUCAUGCCAAAGUGAAAUACCCAAUUUUGUCUUCUGGUCUUCGUGAGAGAAUUGGACAGAUGCCAUAUGAAGCACCUGAUGUAUUCUCGUUUUUCGGUUCAGACUACCAGCCACCAGGAGCGUUCUCUCAGGCUUCUUUGGUAUCACCUGAGUCUCAAGUAUUGUCCAUGAUUACGAUUCUCGGGAUGUCAAAUGGACUUUCUUCACUGAUCAAGAACGGCAUGACUUCGUGUAGCUACGGUUUUGGAAGAGGUGUGAGAAACUACUCGUGUGACUACCCCGACGGAAGAUUAGCAUACAUGCCAUCGGCUGCAGCAAAUAUGGCCAAGAAGACCAUCGACGAACUCUCGCUUUUGUUAACUAGUGGGCGUCUCAGCGACGAAAAUAAGGCCAUCAUCCUCGAUAAGUACAAUCAAGUCUGGGCAUCCGACAGUGCUGACAAGGCUCUACAGGUGGCUCAACAGCUGAUCGUGAACAGUCCUGAGUUCCAGACGUCGAGCAUUGUUCGCAAGUCAGGAUCUCCCAGACUUUCAUCCGGAACGACAGGGUCUACAAACGAGCCAUACAAGGCUGUGAUCAAUGUGAAUCUUUUUGGCGGAAUGGAUUCGUUUUACAUGCUAUCACCCCAUCCGUCUUGCUCGUUGUACUCCGAGUACAGCGAUGUUCGCGGAAGCGACGCAACACUGAAUCCAUCGGAUAUGAAACCUUUGGACGCCUCAUCCUCUGCCAACCAGCCUUGCGAUAAGUUUGGUGUUCACAAAAAUCUGGGUGUAAUGAAAGAGUUGUAUGAUUCAGGGAUGGGCGUGUUCAUGGCAAACACUGGUCAUCUCGAAAAACCUGUAACAAAAGAGAACUACAAUGCAGAAACCAGAGCACAAUUAUUUGCUCACAACGCAAUGCAGAAUGAAGCUGCGUUUGUCGAUGCAAUGCGAGAAAAUGUGGGCACGGGAGUACUUGGACGAAUGCUUGAUAUUUUGCAGCAUAAAGACUACGCGGUGUCCGCAAUUUCCAUCGACAAUCAUGGAACUGUACUUGACGGGAACUCAGGACUCGGUCGUGCUGUCGAUGUUGUCAAGAGAAAUGGUGUUGAUAGGUUCUAUGAUAGUGUUGGGAGUCCAUCCGAUGCAAUUACCGUUGAUGAUAUGAAGGCUGCUUUCAACAGUUUGAACGGCGACGUUGAGCCUAACAGCGGAAAAUACGCUGAUCACUGGUCACAGACUUUUAUUGACGGUAUCAAAAAAGCGGGGUCUCUCAAGGCAUCCAUCGACAAUGUAUCUCUCACACAUGACGCGCAAUUUACUGGUGGCGUUGGGCCUCAAUUGAAAAUGAUAGCCAAGCUGAUUAAGGCUCGCGAAGAGAGAGGUGUCAACAGGGAUGCCUUCCACGUCAGAUUCGGCGGUUGGGACCAUCACUCUGAGCUGAAGAGCAAUAUUGAGCCACGAUUUUCUGAUUUGAACGCAGCGCUAGAUGCAUUCAAGAAGGAGAUUACAGAGAUGGGUCUGAUGGAUCAUGUCACUCUAGUUGUGACAAGCGAAUUUGCGAGGACGCUCUCCCAGAAUUCUGGUGCAGGAACUGAUCACGCAUGGGGAGGCAACUAUUUUGUAAUGGGAGGACAAGUCAAUGGGGGGAAGAUUCUUGGCGAGUACCCACAAGGUUUUACGGCGAAUGAUCCAACAAAUGAUGGCCGUGGAAGGCUAGUCCCUACUACUUCUUGGGAAUCUAUAUGGAACCCCAUUUCCCAGUGGUUUGGCAUCGGCGAAGAGGAGGAUCUGGACUACGUACUACCGAAUCGUGGCAACUUCGGUUGUCGUCUCCUUGCGGAAAUGGAUCUAUUUAAAUCGGGUACACAGACAAACAAGGGAUGCGGUGGCGACAUUAUCAAUAUAAACCAGAAUCUGCCAUUGGGCGAAACAAGAUAUCUUACAGGUGAAGAACAGAGGAAGUUAUGUGAUCGCAUGAGUACGGUAGCCGUUGAAGCAGCCGGAGACUAUUCUUUUCGCUGUGUGGUACUCGGUCAGCGCAUUGAAGAAGUCGAUGGUUCGAGCACCCAUCGAUUGAGCCUUGACAUCGAAAUGAGUAGUGAUGCUGUAGGAGUGGCUGAUGCAGUUAGACAGGAAGUUGAUGCUCGUUUCCAGUAUAUCUCGAAAGAUCUCAUGUCCAACGGUAAAGUGGGCGGAAUCUGCGCAACAUCGGGAAGGGCUACAAUUAUACCAUCACAGCUUCCCUCCGCAAUGCCAAGCAACGUGGCGUCGCAACAUCCAACCAAUAGCAUAUCGCCUUCAAACGCGCCGUCGUCCGAUCCAAGUUCGAUGCCGUCCCGAAUCCCGUCGCCGGAGCCAUCGAGUUUGGUCUCGGCUUCCCCAACAAAUAUCGAGAGUGGUCAACCCACGGCAAGUGCUCAACCAUCUCAUGGACCUUCAAUGUCUGUCGAACCUUCGACAAGUCAUCCGUCGUUGCUACCAUCUACGAUGCCAUCAAACAGGCCGUCGCAAAAGCCGAGUUUGCUGCCGUCACAAAAGCCAACCAAAUUGCCAUCACAUUCGCCCUCCGUCGUGCCGAGCAGUGAACCUUCCAACGUGCCUUCUGCUUCCAUAUUGCCAUCAAUUUUUCCAACAUUGGCACCGACGGUGACUGGGGUACCGACCUCAUCACCAAGUCCAGGGCCGUCUACGUCUCCCUCUUUUGUACCAAGCGUGGAAAAAUCAAAUCGCCCAUCACACCUUCGCAGUGGGGCUCCUUCGAUACGUCCAUCGACACCCCCUUCAAGGUACCCAUCGAUUUCCGAUGCCCCAUCUGUUCAUUCAAGCAUGUCACCAUCGUCAACUCCAUCUCAUGCUCAAAGCUUGAGUCCGACAAAUACUCCUCCAAGCAAGAUCCUCUCUGCGACUCCAUCAAUAUCUCCAUCAACAGCACCGUCGAUGACUCCAAGUGUCCAAGUUACAAACGCAAUCUUGAGGCCUAGGAAGAGUCUGACAUUAGCGCCUUCUCGUCAUCCGCUCACUAACGAGCCAAGUGGGGAAGCUUCAGAUCAACCGUCAUCAUGGUGGCAAGCUCCAAAUUUCGAUAUGACAGAUGGGAUUUUAAGGCCCAGGACGAGUCCAACUGCGGCUCCUUCUCGGCAGCUCCUCACGACUGAGCCAAGUGGGGAAGCUACAAUACAACCAUCAUCGCAGUCGCAAGCUCCAAGCUUUAUAGGGACAGAUGGGAUUCUAACACCGAGUACGACUCCAACUGCGGCUCCUUUUCGUGGGCCACUCAGCAGCGAGCCAAGUGGGGAAGCUGCAGUACAACCAUCAUCGCAGUCGCUAGUCCCAACUUUUGAAGUGACCAAUGGGAUUUUACCACAGGUGGAACCUUCAAGACUGCCGUCUAUGAAGCCUUCAUACACACAGCCAAACGAGCAACUGCCAAGAAACCCAUCCGUGCAGCCAACCACGACCUCGUCACGUCCUAGCAUAACGACCACAGCCCGUGCGAGCAACAUUCCGUCUGUGGUACCGUCAACAGAAGCUUCAAAGAUACCCACGGAUCUUGAUAUGAACUCGCAAAACGUCAGCCAAGGGGUUCCGACAAGUACUCUAUUCCGUGCCCAACCAGAUUCGAACUCUGGUCCCCCUGUCACUUUCAUUAUACUCUUCGUGGUGCUAUUUUUUUUAUUGCUUGGUUUAGUUUAUGUACUCUCCUUCCGCGAUGCAAGAUAG